AUGGAUGCUGGAGGUGACAGAGUCCUUCAUUCAACAAAUGUUGCUGUUAUUCGAGAGAUAUAUGAUCAUGAAUAUUCUCAAGACUUUUUUUCAAUGGAAUUGGAAAAGGCUUUAGAAAGUUGUUGCUCAGUUAUUGUAAUAGAGCCUACAAAACUUGGGGACGAGACAGCUAGGUGGAUUACUUUUGGAAAUUAUUUGCACAAAACGGCUGUUAUUUCCGGAAUAACUUCAAUUAUAUCAGGAUUUGCAUGGCCAGACACCUUUGCUCCACAAGCACCAUUAAGUAUUAUUUCAACUCUAUGUAUGGGACUAUAUACAGCUUCCUGGCAGUUUGACCACUGUGUUAAGUAUCAGUUAGAAUCGCAAGUUUGCGAGGGUGAGAAUUCUGUAAACGAUGUGAUGUCUCCUUCGUCUUCGGCAGGAACAGAAGAUACCAUAAUCACAGAUGAAAACGAUUUAUCUACUGUUGCGACACCUACCAACUCAACGGUAACCCAACAAAGUUCAAUAUUUAAAAAGAAAGGACAAACACGAGAUGUAAAAAGAAAAUCAACACAGCUAGCAGACGAAGUGUUAAAAACCGUAUCUCAGCAGCUCAAUAAUGCUGUUGAUGAUAAAUUUGACACAAGUGGUAAAAAUAUUGCCAAUAAACUGAGAACGUUGCCUCCUGAAAUUGCAAUUGUUACUGAGAAGCUUUUAUGCGACGUUCUAUUUGAAGCUCAAAUGGGCAACAUCACGAGGUUUACAAAAGUUAUUUUACAAGUUAACCAUUCUCAGUCUCAACAUAUUCAAUCUUCGCAAUCGCAGCAAUUUGAUUCUACGAGUACACAACAAUAUUACUCAACAUUUGCUACGGAUUUAGAGAAUGUUAUUAGUUUUUGA